GCCCACACCAUCGAUCACGGUGAGAAUUCUAUGCUACACAUUUAAAGUUACGAUCACGUCGACGCAGUGAUUGUCGCCGAAGUCAUCAAAAGUGAUAAUAUACGUCAAACAACAAUAACAACGGUUAUAAUUUAAUUGUAUACAAUAUGGAUACCACCAAAUCGGCCAGGAACGUAUACAGCAUCGAUCAAAUUCUCGGAACAACUCAUCGGUCCAAAAACGAAAAUUUGAGUGUUCAUUGCCAAUCGAAAUUGGACGCAUUAUAUGCAGCUAGUGGAACCGAUCCAUCCUUACAUCGGUCCGAAGAACACGAUGACGAUAAACCCCGAAAAGUUCGUCGUAGCAGAACAACAUUUACAACAUAUCAAUUACAUCAAUUAGAAAGAGCUUUUGAAAAGACUCAAUACCCUGAUGUAUUUACUAGAGAAGAACUCGCUUUAAGAUUGGAUCUCAGUGAAGCCAGAGUCCAGGUAUGGUUUCAAAACCGUAGAGCUAAAUGGAGAAAACGAGAAAAAUCAAUGGGCAGAGAAUCCAAUCCAUACAUACCUGACCACACGCUGUUCAGAAACGACUGUUUGUCCGUGGCACCCACGCUAGGAGGUCCGCUACCGUUCCUCACGCCCGAACAGUUCUGGCCGAGCAUCGUGUUCAACCCGGCGGCCGCGUCGGCGUUCCUGCUCGGCUUGCCAUGGCACCAUCAUCACGCUGCCCAGCCGUCGGCCACCGCUGCGGCCGCGUCGUACCAGUCGUCUGUACACAAGGCGCUGUCCGAGCGAAUCAUCACCGCCAACCAGUGGCCGGCCGUCGCGCUACAAACGUUAUCGGUUGAACCGCACAGCCCGUCGUCCGCGGGCACGUCCAGUCCCACGGCGUUGUCGCCCGUCUGCGAGCCGUCGGUAGACGCGGCCACGGUCACCGCGGCCGAAAACCGGUCGCCCUACCUGAACGACGACGACGACGACGGUGACGGUGACGAUGACAACGAAGCCGGCAGGUGUUCACCGCCAGUUUUGAUGGAAAACGUUUCCUGUUAAUAUGUUAGGCUACGGCGAUACAUAUAAUAUUAUAUUACCUUGCCUAAUACAUGCAUAUUAUACCAACCGUUUUAAAUAGUUAUUGUUUCACUUCGAACCCCCCCCCCCUCCUCACACAAUCAUCCACCAACUUGACGUGUGAUUUUUUUUUUUUUUUUAUUGUUGUUAUAUGACGGGAAUUUUUGUUCAGACCUAAGACUUAUAAGUUAUAAUGUAUACAAUCAUCAUCUCGGUGAACGAGUUUUAAAAACAAAAAUAAAUUAUAAGAAAUAAUUUUACAUAUACCUAAGUUAUUUUGUAAAUGCCUCUAUCGAUAUUACCAUUAUGUACGAUAAUAACACUACAUUUUUGCAAACAUUAAUUUUUUUUACCAUUUUAUAUCGCAACAAACAUCUUAACCAUUUUAUUUUUGGGAGCGUAGACCCCUAUACGCGUUGAAACCGAAUUUUAAACUGUAAAUUGUAAUAUUAAAUAACGCAUUAAAUAUUAUAUUAAUAUUAUACUAUAUUAAUAGUUGAUCCAUUAAAACUCGAAUAUGGUGAAGUACCGACGUAGUUCCCCGUUAUAAUAUCAAACGAUAGAUAUUGAUUCAAUAUUUAUACACAGGCAUGUAUACAAAAUAAAAUUUUGGGUGGCGGGGGGUGACCCUCCGCCUUUUGUAUAUGCGCCUACGUGCCUGUUUAUACACAUCAAAUUGUCAAAAUGUUCAAAAAAAAUUUCUAUUUCCAUGAAUGAUAAAGAAAAACCCUAAAUGAAUCACUGUUAUGACAUUUCACAAUUAUGAAAAAAAAAAAAUAGUAAAUAUUUAAUCUUCGUAAAAAUUUAAUGUAAUAAUAGUAAAUACUUAUUUUUAAAUAUGUUAGGUGAGUAUUAGAUUAUUUUUAUUGUAAAAAAUGUAAAUUGUAUAAAAUAUGAUAUUUACCUACAUGUAUCUUCGAUCCCGGUCAGUCAUUCGGUCGUAUACCAAAUGGCAAAUUGUUUUUCCAUAAAAUAUACAUUUAUUAUUGUUUAACUACACAUGGAAAUCAGUAUUCUACGUAUGUAGGUAUAGAUAAUUGACUACAAUUAACAAUAUUAUUGUUAAAUUAAAUUGCUGUAUAGUAUUAAAUAUUUAUCUCGUAUUAUAUAAAUGUAUAUCAUCAUCCUCUUAACGUUUGACUUCAACCGAUACUACCAUUAUUAUAUAAUAAUAUAUAAUAACUAUGUAUUAAACAUAUUUCACUCGAUCAUUAAGCGAAACACAAAUUAAUUUCAACUUAAGCGAAGUGCGUUGUAGGUAGUUAUUCGAUCAAUUUAUAAUUGAGUUUGUAAACUAAUAAUAUAAACAAUAUAUAAUAACAUAUACCUAUUAAUCGUUUACUACACUCUGUGUGUAAUAUAUGCGAUAAAUAUGUAUAAUAAUAUGUCUAUUGAGUAACGUGGUUUGUAUAUCACAUUAUAUUUCCCGAGAUUAUAAUAUAGUUUAAUGUUCAUAGAAUUUUUGUAAUGAAAGUUAUUGGUUUUGUUCGUUACAUGGUUAAUACAUAAAAAGUGUAAUUACCUAUACUCGUAAUCAAGCAACAGACAGUAGCAUGCGGCGUGCCAUGAAUAUCCCGGUGUUUAUAGGUAUACGUUUACGUGAGUUUGUACUGUUUACUGUUUAUAGGGAAGUGCAAUUUUAAAU